AGUGCAUGAGCGCAAAGGCGCUUAUCCAUACAUUAGAAGAACCAUAGAGAUUUCUAUAUGUUUUUCUAGGAAGGUUUUUUUUUUUUUUCUUUCUUGCAACAUGUCGUCAGCAAUGCUGGUUGAACACUUGUGAGCGCCGCUUCCGGUUUCAGGCCCCCGAACGAAGCCGCACCAGAGAGAGGGAGAGAGGGAGGGCGAGUUUCAGUUUCACCGCAAACCCCGGGUCGAGGGUGUGCGACAAUGGAGUGAAAUUAAACCUUUAAAUGAGCAAAAAUACACGUCCAGCGAGGGGCCAGCCAGCCAGCCAGCCAGCCAGCCAGCCGCAUGCAAGCGGCCGUUUGUUCUCGUCUCAUUGUUUCAGAGGCGGUAGCGGAGGAUUCACAACCUUAACCUCUUAUUAUCUUUCAAAUUUCGGCAUUUUCUUGUUGUAAAUAAAAACAGAACCCCACAGGAAGCAGGAAGAAGGUAUUUUGUAUGUGGAUAUUUUUUUGGUUUUAUUAGGUGGUAACUGAAACUUGCGGAACUGCUCCUGCUGUGUGCACACAAUCUUCAGAUGCAUUUAUCUUUUAAACACAUAAUAUUUACGGCAUUUGCGCCAGUUUCCUAAGAUAACAUUAAAACCAGCGCAGCUAAAAAAAAAAAAAAUUAGAAGUCCUGAGGUUGUACACAGCUUCAUUUUACAGGCUGUUCGUAUUUAACAAUUUUGGGGUCAAAUCUUGAAAUAGUAUCUCUUGUCUUCCUUGUUACUGCAAAGAGUGCAGUGUUUGAUUCUGGCCUAUCCGCUACAGCUCCGUUUUGUCAGUGGGUAGUGCAUAUUAUUAUUAAUAUUUUUAUUAUUUUUUUGUCGCUUAUAAUAAAGGAGUUGGCUUUUUUUUAAAAAUAUAUUUCAUUAUUUAUUUUUGAAAUAAAAAAAAAAGCAAUAACGUCUUGCUAGAUUUAAACACAAUAGUUAGGUUUCUAAUUUAAAGAUUUCAAUCUGUGAUUGUUUUUUUUUUUUUUAGAUAUUCAGUAUUAGAUUGUAGUAAUUAGCGUUAGUUGCAACACGAUGAUGUGGCGUAGGACUGACGCUUUAUAGACCUCCUUUCUUAGUAGCAUUUUCAAUAUUUAAAUACAAGAAGCAGCAUCAUCCACAGUGCUGGUUUGUAUGUUCCCGAGACUCCGAUGAGGGAGUACAAAGUUGUGGUCCUGGGGAGCGGAGGGGUUGGCAAGUCGGCUCUCACGGUCCAGUUCGUGACUGGGACGUUUAUCGAGAAAUAUGACCCGACCAUCGAAGAUUUCUAUCGGAAAGAGAUCGAGGUGGACUCCUCGCCCUCGGUGCUGGAGAUCCUGGACACGGCGGGCACAGAGCAGUUCGCCUCCAUGCGGGACCUGUACAUCAAGAAUGGCCAGGGGUUCAUACUGGUCUACAGCCUUGUCAACCAGCAGUCAUUCCAGGACAUCAGGCCCAUGAGGGACCAGAUUGUGCGAGUGAAGCGCUAUGAGAAGGUGCCGCUGAUCCUGGUGGGGAACAAGGUGGACCUGGAAAGCGAGCGCGAGGUGUCGGGGGCGGAUGGGCGUGCCCUGGCCCAGGAGUGGGGCUGCCCCUUCAUGGAGACUUCUGCCAAGAGUAAGACCAUGGUGGAUGAACUGUUUGCUGAGAUUGUGCGGCAGAUGAACUACGCCUCGUUGCCCGAGAAGCAGGACCAGUGUUGCACCACCUGUGUCGUCCAGUGAGGGCCCAGCAGGGAGGACCUGGAACCGUGGCCACGCCAAAAACAGUCAUGUGUGAUCGUAGAUCUGGAGUCGGUGAUCAGAUCUUCCUGUGCAUUCCCCCCCCCCUGCAGAUACGUUAUCUCUGAGGAGACCUCGCACAGCCGCUGCAUAGAAGACCUUAACUAGCCCAUCCGGUGCAGAUCUGAGCCUUGAACCCCGAUCUCUGGGCCGGGGGCCGCCACCUUUGCCGUGCUUGCCAACAAACGAGCCACUUGGGUGAGCCGCUCCAGCGGCCUGCUUCAUACUACAGAGCACACGUACUGGCUGUUUUUAACUUUUUUUCUGUCUACCUUUAAAUAGUUUUAAUAUAAUAUCCUAAUUCAAAGAGAGAAGAAAAUAGAGGUGUGUUCUGGUAUGGAGAAUUUUCCAAGGAGCCGCUCGAACAACAUCUCUACUUUCUUUUGUUCUUUCUACCCUUCGCUCGUUUUUUCUUUCUUUUACACUUAUUCUUCCAGAGUUAACAAUAUUAGUAUGCAAGAGUCCCUUUUUUAUAUCCCCUCCCUCGAUUUAAUAAAUGCUUUUGUCUUUUUUCCAAUUAAAAAGUGUUUGUUUAAUUCAAUACAGUAUUAGAUACUCGUUACCUUGUUCUCUUUUUUCCUUUGUCUGCACAAUGUUUUAAUGAACAGUAAAUUGAGCCUUAAAGAUUCGUUGGAUUAUCUGUGUAUAUUUUACCUUGUCAGCACUGCUUUGUUUGUAUUCAUGAGACAGCCCAUCCUUGCUAGGAACAGGACUGCCCUCUUAAUGUGCUUCCCUUUGCACGUGUCGCACCUGAUCCUCAAGCAUUCACAAUACUGUUGCAGCCAAAUAGUUCGUAACCUGGCUACAACUCUGCACUAGCCCUGCUGCACCCAGUCCUGGGUUUCAGAACUGCCUCAUUGAAAUGGUUUAGUGGUUCAAAUAAACUGUGCCUCCCUUACUGCAUGAACAACCUGCAUUCGUAAACCUACAGACUGGGGUGUGACUGACCGUGCUUUCACAUUGCACUGAAACAAACGAACCAAACUUCAUUCUUUUGCCCAAACGCACUGAGAUCACCUCUUGAGAAGAAUUCCGUGGGACCGGAGCAUUCUCAACUGCUUCCAAAAUGAACCGAACUGAACUUGCUUUGAAAAAACCAGCCCAGACGAACCAAGAGUGAGUGAACCCUUAUCCAUGCUGUGAUGGGAACCUCUUGGCUCAGAGCAGAUUUACCAGGGCUCUGACCCGGUCAUUAAAAAAAUAUAUCCCUUAACAAGACAAGUUCUGAAACCCAGGGCUUGGACGUAUCACAUGAUCAUGUGCAAAUUAAACGGAUAUUUCUUUUAAUAAUGAAACAUCAAUAAAAAAUGUUUUUU